GACGUUGCCCACAUAAAAGGAGCGUCGCCUGCUACGGGCGCUCAACACGCAGCACCUUGCUCUUGUUCUGCGCUUGGUCUACACGAAGCAAACGAGACCGCCAUGGUUGUCAAGAUGGUCCUCUGCCCCCUUCUCAGCGACGACCACCUCUGGUCGCCCAUCAAAAUGCUGGAUUGGGUCGAAGACGACGACGACUGUUCGAAGCAGUGCGACCGCAGCAGACGACGGCUCUGCCAACGGAAGCGCCGAAGUGCGGCGCAAGAAGCAGAACGCUCAACCAAGUUCGAAGUUGCCUACGACGUUCGCGGCUUCGGGCCCGAAGAACUCUCGGUUCGUACCGUCGACGGGGACGUCGUGGUUCACGGCAAGCACGAAGAAACUCACGAGGACGGUGGUUUCGUAAUGCGGGAGUUCACGAGGCGCUUGCCACUACCCGAGGACGUCGACCCGAAGACCGUGACGUCAAGCUUGGACACCAAGACGGGAUUGCUGGCCAUCGAAGCUCCGAGGACGUCAGCGAAGAAAGUCAAGAUCAUCCCUGUCGUCGUUGAAGAAGCCUUAGCCACUGAAAACAAGUCGACUUCUGCUUCCUGAACCAUUUCUAAAUAGGGAUUAUAAAUUUCGCUCGCUCCACCUUCUCAACAUUCUCAUCAGUAUUUGUCACAAUAAAUUAUUUGAAAAGGCUUUA